AGUUGUUCUUUAUUGUUUGUGCUGGACGUUCUUGUGACUUGAAUAGUGGAAAUUUCUUACCGAUUUAGUUCCAAAACGCUUUACUGCCCGUUGUUAUAUUUUUAAUAAAUUUCUUUUGGAUUAAACAAAAACUACCAUUCGUUGCUAAGAAUUCUGUUCAACAUUAAAAACAGCUUUGAAAAAUGGAUGCACUGACAUCACAGUGUGCAGCCCAGAGUGUUGGUCCGGCCAAUCAACUGUUCGGCUUACUGAUACAAACAAUUUUAGCGGCACAAUGCAGCAUCUCACCGCCGGAAAUGUGGCCCAAGGAUUAUGGUCCGACCGCAAUCGAAAAAGGUCUCGAGGAAUAUGAUUUCAUUGUCGUCGGAGCCGGAAGCGCUGGAUCGGUUGUUGCAAGUCGACUUAGUGAAAACGAGAAUUGGAAGGUUCUAUUACUGGAAGCGGGCGGAGAUCCUCCCAUUGAAUCAGAGAUUCCAAUGCUUUGUUUUGGUAUUCAAAAUACGACGCAUGAUUGGGCUUACCACGCUGAAAAAUCGCAUAAAGCAAGUAAGAGUACCAAGAAUGGAACGUUCUGGCCCCGAGGUAAAAUGUUAGGCGGCUCUGGUGCAAUAAAUGUAAUGAAUUAUGUGCGAGGAAACAGUCGCGACUUCGACGACUGGUUGGCAAUGGGAAAUCCAACUUGGGGUUGGACGGAUGUUUUGGAAUAUUUCAAGAAAUCACAGAACACCAGCGAAGUGGCUUUGAAUGAAAAAUACCAUGGAACGACCGGUCCAAUGAGAGUAGAAUUUUCUAACUAUGAGCAUCCGUUCCGUAACUUGCUUUUGGAUGGUGGUGAAGAGUUAGGAUAUCAACACGUUGGUGACAUGAGUGAAACUUUCGUUGGAAUGUCACAGUUACUAUUCAAUAUUAACGAGGGUGAAAGGCAAAGUUCAGCAAGGGCAUUCCUAUCGCCAGCUAAAGAUCGUCCAAAUUUGCAUGUAAUCAAGAACGCUCUGGCGACAGAAAUCGAAUUCAACAGUCUGAACACAGCUGUCGGUGUUAAAUUCCUGAUCAACAAUCAACCGUUGAUAGCAAAGUCAAAAACAGAAGUAAUUCUUUCGGCUGGUUCCAUUGGAACACCACAACUGCUAAUGCUGUCGGGAAUUGGUCAAGACAAGCAUCUGAGAAAAUUGGAUAUCAAAACAAGAAGUGAUUUAAUGGUCGGAAAGAGUCUUCAGGACCAUUUGAUGGUUCCACUUUUCAUAACAGCAAAAUUGCCAAUGACCAAAGAAAGCACAACUAGUUCAGCUGAACAAAUUGCUAAAGAAAUGUUUGACUUUAUCAUGAACAGAUCGGGACCAUUUUCGUCGGAAGGGCUUUUCGAUAUAUCCGGCUUUUUCAAUACAGUCAAUGUUACCGAUUCAUUUCCCGACAUACAAACUCAUUACGUAGUUUUCAGAAAAGGUGAAACAUCAAAAGUUCAUGGUGCAGUUUCCAAAUGGGAAUUUGAUGACGCUAUUCUACAGACGAUUGUCGACGCCAGUGCUGAACGAGAUCUGGUUAUUAUUCCACUAAUUCUAUUGAAUCCAAAAUCAAUGGGAACGAUUCGCCUUCGGUCCAUCGAUCCGCUUGAACAUCCGAUAAUACAACCGAAUUACCUAGACAAACGAGAAGACGCCCAGACAGUGUUACGUGGAAUUCGUUUGGUUCAAAAGUUUCUGACUACAACUCCGUUCAAGAAGCACCAGUUUGAAGAAUUACAGUUUAACCUACCGGAGUGUGGAGUGUUCGGCACCGAUUUGUAUUACGAGUGCUAUGUGCGUCACUUGUCAGCAACUUUAUAUCAUCCCGUUGGAACGGCCAAGAUGGGCCCGGAUACGGAUCGAUUUGCUGUGGUCGAUUCACGGUUAAAUGUGAAGGGUGUUAAGGGCUUAAGGGUUGUUGAUGCUAGUAUUAUGCCGAAGAUUGUUAGUGGAAACACCAAUGCGGCCACGAUAAUGAUUGCUGAAAAAGCAGCUGAUUUCAUCAGAGAAGAUUAUGCCACAAAAACUAGUCACGAAGAACUUUAAAAGAGCAAGCGCCUAACUUUAAGUUUCCUCUUCCAAUUCCUUUCCUUCAUAAAACACACACACAGAACAAUUAUUAUUAUUUUACGAAUAAAUGUGCACGCUCAUGGUGGCUUUAAUAUA